AUGGCGUCCAUGGCCUCUUAUGCAGAAGCGCUGGUCAGUCUGCAGCAGGCAAGGCGCUGGGAAGAUGCCCUGGUUCUGUUGGAGGAGAUGCCUGGCGCUAUGUACAGGGUGAACUGGUUGUGGUUGUCGACGGCGGGAAGGGUCAAGUCAGAGUUCAAGAAGUUGCAUGGCUCUGUGGUUGUGCGGCGUGCCAUCGUCCUGAACCCAGACUUGAAGGCUUGGAGGCUGUUGUCAGACUGCCGCGCCAUCACGGGUAUCGACGUCGAUGCAGUUGCCGUCCUCCUAACCCUGGCAGCAGUCGAGCAGGCUGGCAAUUUCAAACUUCUCUUUGGAGCUCUUGCUCGUGAACUUUUGCGCGUUUCCACCCACGGCAUAGCUGAAGGUAGCCCGUUUGGCGCCCCGGCCACUGCUGCAAAUUAUCUGAGGGGAGUCAAUUUCGACGUAACCAUAUCAACAACAGGCAUACUGCCGACUGGCUAUGGGCAACCUUUGUCAACAAACUGCUCAGGGUGCAUGCUGUGUUGGUGGCUAUUGUUUCAACACCGUGGCUCUGCGCUCAGCACCAAGGGCGCUUUGGCAGGUGGCUUAUGCGCCGGUUGUACAGGUCCUUCAAAGCAUCUGCCAACACGGCAGGCAAAGCUUUGUGGUUCUGCAGAAUGA